AUGGAAGACAACGACAUACAGUUUCUGGUCAUCGUCGAUUUCGAGCUUCUUCUGGCAUCCAGUAGUCGGAUUCGCAAUCAUGAAUCCGCGGGUUUUGAGAGAAUUGAGGAGAGAGAAACCUUCAUCUUCGAUGCAGCUCAGAGGAGGCAGCAAAAUGCGCUCAGUGCUUUGAAAAUGCUCAGCCUAUGUUACGAAAUUAGGGUUUGGGAUGAGGCUUUGGACCUGUUAUAUAAUCGAGAUGUUUUAAUGGGUUUGUGGAAGACUUGGCCGUUCAAGUCCAUGUAUUGCAAACUAACACUAAUAUGUUAUCGUUCGUACAAAAUCUGA